CUUCACCAGAUCGUUAAUGUUUGGUACUCUGUGAACGGCGAAAGACUUGGCACAUACAAUGGACAUACCGGCGCUGUCUGGUGUGUGGAUGCAGACUGGGACACCAGGCAUGUGUUAACAGGCUCUGCGGAUAACAGCUGUCGGCUCUGGGACUGCGAAACAGGGAAGCAGCUCGCGCUGCUCAAGACCAACUCAGCCGUGCGAACCUGCGGCUUCGACUUCGGGGGCAACAUCAUCAUGUUUUCGACGGACAAGCAGAUGGGCUACCAGUGUUUCGUCAGCUUCUUUGACCUCCGCGACUCCAGCCAGAUCGAAGACAAUGAGCCCUACAUGAAAAUCCCGUGCAGCGAAUCCAAAAUCACCAGUGCCGUUUGGGGUCCGCUUGGAGAGUUCAUUAUUGCUGGGCAUGAGAACGGGGAACUGAACCAGUUCAGUGCCAAGUCCGGGGAGGUGCUCGUGAACAUGAAAGAACACACCAAACAGAUCAACGACAUCCAGACGUCACGAGACAUGACCAUGUUCAUCACGGCCUCCAAGGACAACACUGCCAAGCUGUUCGACUCCACGAACCUUGAUCACCUGAAGACCUUCCGGACGGAACGGCCAGUAAACUCGGCCGCUCUCUCCCCGAUCUUUGAGCACGUGGUGUUGGGAGGCGGACAAGAAGCCAUGGAUGUGACAACAACCUCCACCAGGAUUGGCAAGUUUGAAGCCAGGUUCUUCAACCUGGCCGUCGAGGAAGAAUUUGGGAGAGUCAAGGGCCACUUCGGUCCCAUUAACAGCGUCGCUUUCCACCCCGAUGGAAAGAGUUACAGCAGCGGUGGUGAGGACGGCUACGUCCGUAUCCAUUAUUUCGACCCCCAGUACUUUGAGUUCGAGUUUGAAGUGUGAACGAGGCCUUCCUGCGUCCUUUCGAUCUCGACAGUUUCAGCAGCGCGUGAAGUUGUGGUUGUUCCUGAGUUGAGGCUUAAUGGAGAGACAAAGCGAAGCAGAGGGUAGCUGUUGCUUUGUUCCGUGGUGGCUUUGGGGUGUCCUUUUUCUCUGCUCUCAGGAACAGUGACUUCCUGCCUGGUUUGGUGUAUUUAUAGAAAUAACAUAGAAGGAAGUAAUAAACUCAUGUUUCCUACCACA